UUGAUUACGGCCGCAGCGGCGAUUUUCUCUGUUGAUUCGUCGCCGGCGCGAGUUGAUUCUGUGGCCGCCUUCUACAUCCAGCGCGUUGGUGGCAGCUUCGUUGCGUCGCCGGCUCGUUCUCAGCUCUUCGGGCUGCAACCUUGGGUCAACGUCGUCGUCCUGAUUCGUCUCGUCGCCCAGGGUCGUCGCUGGCUGCUUCCUCGCGUCGACGGCUUCAUCUUUGCGCCGCCGGCUACAUCCCUGCGCCGCCGGCUGAAUCCUCGCGUCCACUGCUACAUCUCGGCGCGUCCGGCUGCAUUGACGCGUGCGCGUCCCCGGCUACAUCCCCCCGUCCCCGACUACAUCUUCCAACCAGAGUGUUAAUGCUGUUCGUGAGAUGUGGAGUUUGAGGAAGAAGGAAAUCCGGCUGGGGCAACCCUAAAUGUGGUAGAAGUGAAUACUGCAGCAAACAACCACUACAGCAUUAAAUAAAGAAUUUUUAGCACCUGAAGCAGUAGCAUGGAAAACAUGGCACAUCAUGAGCCAAGCAAACUAUCUUACCAAUUGUUAAAACAGAUUACAAAUGAUCUUGAUGAUGAAUGGAUACUAGGGAGAGGUGGAUUCGGAACAGUUUACAAGGGUGUGCAUGAAACUCAUGGAGAGGUUGCUGUGAAGGUACUACACAACAUUUCAUUAUUUGAUGAUAAGCAAUUUCACAAAGAGUUUGACAAUCUUAGGGGGCUGAAUCAUCCAAAUAUUGUCAAGUUGCUGGGCUUCUGCAACGAAUCAGAGAAAGAACUUGUGGUGUUUGAAGGGAAACAAGUUACUGCUGAACGUCUGCGGUGCGCGCUCUGCUUGGAGUAUGUACAAAAUGGUAGCCUAAAAAAGCAUAUUUCCGACGAAAACACAGGACUUACUUGGCACAUACGGUACAAAAUAAUUAAAGGGAUCUGUGAAGGUUUAAAAUAUCUGCGUGAGGGACUCGAGCAUCCUAUAAUGCAUUUCGACUUAAAACCUGAUAAUAUAUUGCUUGAUAAGAGUAUGGUGCCAAAAAUCGCUGAUUUUGGUUUAUCAAGGCUCUUCGGUGAAGAAAACACUAGAAUAACGAUGAGUUCCAUGGGUACCUGCGGAUAUUGUCCACCGGAAUACAUGUCACAUCAAAUAAUAUCAAGUCAGUUUGACAUAUUUAGUUUGGGUGUUCUCAUUAUAAGGAUAAUGACUGGACAUGAACGCUACAAUUCAAUUGUUGACAUGACGACCCGGGAGUUUGUUGAGCUUGUACAUGAAAGUUGGAGGAAAAGGCUGAGUGUAAAAUUGAGUCACACGCCACUCGAAGUAUACUGCAACCAGGUGAAAAGAUGCAUUGAAAUAGCAUUAGAUUGCUUGAUCCCAAGCCGACAAGAAAGACCUACUAUAAAUACUAUCGUGUCUCAUUUGAACGAGACUGAAAUGAUGAUAGGUGACCAAGGGUUGCAGAAUCAACAGUUUUAUCAAGAUGACCCUGGAGAAUCAAGUAUCCCUUCCAAGAGCAGCAUCGCGUCCAGGCCUCCUUCAGGGCAUUCCCAAGCUAGCAGCUCUACUCACUGGAAUAAAUACUUAUCGGCUACAGAGCCCCCGGCUACGACAUUCGAGGAACUCCAAAGCAUAACAGAUGGUUUCUCUGAAAAACUAUUAAUUGGGGCUACGCCAUUCCAGGAACUCCAAAGCAUAACAGAUGGUUUCUCUAGAAAGAAAUUAAUUGGGCAUGGUGCAUUUGGGAUGGUUUAUAAGGGAAUUGUUAACGGGGAAGAGAUUGUCGUGAAGAAACUUCAUAGCAAGCCCGGUCUAGAUGAAGACCAAUUUAGGAAAGAGCUUUUGAAUCUUAUGGGGCUCCGGCAUAAAAAUAUCGUAAGGUUCCUUGGCUACUGCCAAGAAACACAAGAUAGAGUUGUUGACUUCAAAGGGAAACUUGUUGUAUCUGGGGUGCAAGAAAGAGCUCUAUGUUCGGAAUACAUGCAGGGUGGAUCGCUUGACAGGCAUCUUUCCGAUGAAUCACGUGGACUAGACUGGGAGGCACGGUACAAAAUAAUUAAAGGGAUGUGUCAGGGUUUAAAGUAUCUUCACACAGGAUCCAAAGAUCCUAUUUACCAUCUGGACUUAAAACCUGAAAAUAUAUUGCUGGAUGAGAACCAGAUACCAAAAAUUGGAGAUUUUGGGUUGUCAAGUCUUUUUGGUUCAGCACAAACAUUUUUACGAACACGUGGAUACAUGCCACCGGUGUACAUCGAAGGGCAACAAAUCUCACCGAAGCUUGACGUGUACAGCUUGGGUGUUAUAGUCAUAGAAGUAGUAGCGGGACCGGAGGGCUACAACAAAUCCACAAAGAUGUCUUCUGAGGAAUUUAUUGACCAUGUUACCGAUAACUGGUACAAUAGGGUACAGGCAUCAAGAAUGUCAUUGUCGGAAUUAGUUCAAGUUCAGAAAUGCAUCAAGAUAGGGUUAAGAUGUGUUGAGGCCAAACAAGUGAACAGACCAACUAUAACCGAGAUUGUCGAAGAACUGAAUAAGACUGAUAUCCACCUGGGGGCCCUUUCGUGCUGAUGCCAGUGAUGAAACCAUGCACCCAUGUAGCAUGCUUCAUAUAAGGGCGAGAAAUGAUUGAGCCCAUGUGGCUAUUGGACAAGGUUCAGCGGCCCGUGUACCUGCAGAAAUAUAUUUGCUAAGCCAUGCAUGGAGCAGCCUCACCAUCGUUGCAGCCCGUCCAUGCUCUAACAUGCACAUCUGAGGAUGUGCCCUUCAGAUUUCUUGGUUUAUUUGAAAAGAUGUGCCAUUCAGAUUCUCCCACGAAGAGGUUAAAGUGAUAAGCAAAUAUCAACAAGUCUAUUGGUCACGAAAGAUUAAGGAAUGCUCAGGUCGACCCGGCUACGCGUGAGGUCGAUAUUGCAACUCAUCGAUGAUUGCCGCACGAUUAGCACCUAAUAUAGUGAAAAUACCCAGGAGAACCGGGCAACCGGCGAGGAUGGCAUUGGCGUCGUCCAUGGCUUGGAGAUUAGCAAUGUAUUAUAUCCUGUGUUUGUAUUCUGCGACUUUCUAGUAGUGAAUUAGCAGACGAGUAUUGACUGUAUUCAUGGACCUCAAUGUGCAGAUGACAGAUUGUAUUUACUAGGAUGCAUAGGCGCGGCGUGCCGCCGCGCCCGUGGUAGCACCUUCUUAGCAUGGAGAGUUUGUGCUAGUUGCUUUUGAGUGUGUGUGUUUGAUGAUUUGAAGAGUGGCAGGUUGGAAGGGUGACAAUCGAGAAAUGCAGUAUAGCAAGUAUAUACAUUUGGUAGAAGCUAA